UCCUAUCCCACCUCGGCGUUAGCAUCACCUUUACCCCGGCCUCACGUACACCUUCCCCAAUUGCAUACAUAGAUGCCAGGUCGACCAUACAACUUACCUCCACCUACAUAUGUGAAGCGUUUUCCACAGUCCAAUCCUCUGACCGCCUCAAUUAUUCCCGAACUGAUGAUACCCUCGUUUCGACAUGCGACCUUUACCUGGCAGCACUGCGUUCCCGGGGACCCCUUCCUCGAGUGACGGAGCCUCCGAUUGCCUCGCUUCCGCUUCACAGUCUACCGCCGCCCAUAUGUCUUUCAUUCUCACCGACGAAGCCACAAUAGAUUCUUCACUUGCGCCCCAAUACCUACCUCUCCGGACGCGCGACCAGCGCAAACACGCCGUCCACACCGUAUCUGGCGACAUCAGUGCCCCGAACCGUGAACUCGGUACUGCUUCGCCUGCAACAGCCUCUCGUUCCACCCCUACGUUGCAGCCUCGUGACAACACGCCACCUCGAUCAGUUCCUGCGACAAACCCAUCGCCAGCAAGAGUGCAUACCCCUCCACCUAUUGCAUCUCAACCCAUGACGCCAAUACUGUACGGCGUGUCUGGACCCUGUUCCGCUAUUAGCAGUUCUUCAUCCCGGCGUAACUCCUUGGUAGGGUCGCUAUCCGAAUAUCAAGAAAGCUUCGUCAUGAGCGCAUUUGGGUCUUCAGAGCCUGGUCAACCCCAGAGUUCGUACGUCGGCGAAGGCGCUCAGCAGUUCAUCAUGCCCACCAUCAACGUCCCUAGCCGGAGACCCUUCACAGAAACAGGGAAGAGUCUCGGGAGGCUCAAACUCCUCAUGGCUGGCAGGUCAGGUCUAGGGAAAACUGCACUGAUCCGAGCGAUAACACAUUCUUGCUCUCACAUUGUACAUGUUGACUCUACCAUCCCGAUUGCAAUGGCAUCCACGGGCUUGCUACCAGGGAACGCGCUCUCGAGUGAUCCUCCUAUUGGCCAGGGAACUUUCCAGAUAACUGAGACGUUCGCCAGCACCAAGCCGUAUCCACCUUGGUGGAAGGGAUCGGUUCAAGGCAGUUUCAUGUCCAGCUCUACCAGUACCGAUGACACGAUAUUAGAUAGGAAUGUUUGUCUGGUGGACACGCCAGGUUAUCAGGAAACAUGUCGACCUACGGAAACGGUUAACCAGGUGUCGCAAUACGUUGAAUCCCAUCUUCAAAAGAAUCGUCUUAACGGUUUGGAGGACUCGGAUGUCUUGAAGACGAUUGGUGGAAGCGGUGGUUUGCUCGUUGAUGCCGUGCUCUACACGAUACCCAGCUCAGGCCUUACCUCGACAGAUUUCCAGUACAUUCGUCAACUGGAAUCACUUACGAAUGUUCUUCCACUCGUCGCGCACGCUGACGUGCUGACAUCGGAGCAAAUCACGGAAAGCAAGGAGCGCAUCGCAAAGCAACUCACUGAGGCAGGCAUUAGGUUGUUCACUUUCUCUCCCCCGGCUUCCAACCGAGACGAACCAGACAUAUAUGCGAUAUCGAGCAAGUUAGGGUCAGAUCUUGAUGUCAUGGAUGCCAGUCUGCUAAUGGGUUCCGAAUACGUGCAACCUCUUGUGCCGACUGACCUCUCGCGUUUGUUGGAAAGUAUAUUCAGUGUCGAUGGGGCAACGUGGCUCCGACAUGCUGCUGCGACGAAGCUUCUGAGCUGGCGCCUCCGCCACCCCAGGACUAGUAUCAGCUCUACUGGCCUCACAUUACAUCCAGAGGGGCAUGUGGAUAGGCGACUACUUCGCACUCAGACUGGUUCUUUAACGCCUCUCGCCACAAGCCUGGUGCCGCGCUAUGCCCCUCACGAGGAGCGUUUCUGUCGAAUACAAUUCACAGACUGGGCAGCUGACUUACAACGCAGCUUAGCCAAUGAGAGGGCAAUUCAGGAGAGGACUGCGCGGGCGCAGGCAGCUACAUGGAUGGGAGAAGGGUUGCGUGGUGGGCUGGGCGAUGAGACAAACGAGGCCAUGGCAUUGACACGAACCCGUGGACGACGAGAUCAUCAACGGCCCUUCAACAGGAGACACAGCACAGGCUCAAGUCAAAAUUGGGCGCUAGCGAGGCAUCAAGACCCCCUGGGCUUACUACAACUCAAGGCCGAUUUUAGAUGGCAGGGCUGGAACACCUUAGAGAUGGUUGGCGGCCUUGGACUUCUCGGAGGCUUGGCGUGGCUGCUCGUCUGAGAGUCCACGUGACUAACGCCUUGGUUGACUUUGAGGGCGAGCAGAGGCCGGAGGCGACCACUAGGAAUAGGGCAGCAUCGAGUUGGCGAUGUGCAGCACUCAACAUCACGGUUACCGCAGGUGGUGUGUCACGGAUGGACGAUAGUGAAUUACUAUAUGAUUAAAGCAUCUGGAAAGAGAGGUGUAGGUAUUCCUACGUAGUUUUUCACCU